CUUAUUUAAAAUGAUGUAUUUAAUAAUUUUCGCAGCCUCAUCAUUUCUCAGAUUAUUUUUCGCUCGACCUCUGCUCCGGCGGCAACGAGGCAGCUAGAGGAUCGGUGGCUUCAUGCUCCAGAUGCUUCCGGCGGUUUCUACUUGUUUUUGGGACCCAUCUCAAAUGGGUAUCCUCAUUGGCAAUGUGGAGUUUACGAGCCGGCACCUUUCUGCACUCAGAUCAUAUACUCUUCGACCGAAGUUUGCGCAUAAACUGUUGUCUCAAAAAGUGCCAACAGCAUUAAGGACUUUAUCCUAUACCAGUCAGGAAUAUGGAAAAGAACCCGUUUCGAAGAAACGAGACGUGUAUCGCCAGAAUGUGGAUCUUCCAGCCAUAUUGCCUAAAAAGAAAAAGAAACCUUAUCCUAUUCCCAUAAAGCAAAUAAAGCGGGCUGCAAAAGCUGACAAAGAGCUUGCACAAAGGGGUAUAGAGAAACCACUUGAGCCUGGGAAAAAUGGUUUACUUGUACCUGAUUUGAUUCCUGUUGCUCAUCAAGUAUUGGAUGCUUGGAAAAUUUUGAUUAAGGGCCUUUCACAUCUUUUACAUGUUAUUCCAGUAUAUGCUUGCAGGGAAUGUUCAGAAGUUCAUGUAGCCCAUUCAGGCCACCAUAUUCAAGAUUGUCUUGGUUCUACCAGUGCAAUGCGUCGAAGCUUCCACUCAUGGGUCACAGGUUCUAUUAAUGAUGUCUUAGUCCCUAUUGAGUCGUACCAUCUUUAUGAUCCUUUUGGCCGUCGCAUUAAGCAUGAAACACGAUUCGAAUAUGAUAGAAUUCCAGCUGUUGUAGAGCUCUGCAUCCAGGCUGGUGUGGAUAUACCUGAGUAUCCUUCACGUAGAAGAACUAAACCCAUUCGAAUGAUUGGAAAGAAGGUAAUUGAUCGAGGUGGAAAUAUGGAGGAGCCUAAACCUUGGCAAUCUUGUGAGUCUUACCCUCUUCUUGAUUUCGAUACACAAGGGGCUUCUCAACGAUUUGCACCUCCUCUACCUGACGAUGUCCCUAGAAUUGCCCAAGAAACAAUCGAGGCAUACGAAACUGUUAGGUAUGGUGUAAGGAUGUUGAUGAAGAAGUAUACAGUGAAGGCUUGUGGGUACUGCCCUGAGGUUCAUGUAGGACCAUGGGGUCAUAAUGCUAAGCUAUGUGGAGAAUUUAAGCACCAAUGGAGGGACGGAAAGCAUGGUUGGCAGGAUGCAACUUUAGACGAAGUACUGCCUCGCAAUUAUGUUUGGCAUGUUCGUGAUCCAAAAGGUCCGCCAUUGAUUGGUACAUUGAAGAGGUUUUAUGGUAAAGCUCCUGCUGUGGUUGAAGUGUGUAUGCAGGCAGGCGCAACAAUCCCCAAGAAAUACUUGCCAAUGAUGAGGCUUGACAUAGUCCUUCCUGAUGGCGAGGAGGCGCGAUCUGUUGCAUAAUUGUGUUGGCCAAAGUCAUGGCGAUUUCAUCUACACAGGUCUGUCCAAAGGCCUCUAUUCUUACCUUCGAGUUUUUGAAGAGAAUUUUUGAACAUUGACAGCCGAUGGAUCUACAGCUUAGAUGCUACAUUAAGAGCAGUUAGAUAAGUGGGGAUAUCAGAUGUAUAUUAAGGUUUGACUAGAUUUCCUUGUUACAGUCUUCCUUGUCCCCUUGUUUGUAUAGUUAAAAUGCCCUGACCUUCAACUAUUUGAAUACUUGAUAGUUGCCGCUUUAACUUGGUGGUUGAGUUCGACAUCUAUAAUUGUGAAGUUCAGAAAUGAAAACAUGAAGUAGAAGGGAGCCUCUUACUGUUAUGUUGUAUGUUGUGAUCAGUCUUGAAAUUGGAAAUUUGGAAUGUCAGCAAAGCAAGAUCAUCAGUAUCUCAAGUUCAUUUUUUGUAUGAA